GAGCGGCCGGCUGCAGCCUAGCUGAAGAUGUCUGAUAAUGGGGAGGUCGAGGACAAGCCCCCAGCUCCACCCAUGAGGAACAUCAGCACCAUGAUUGGCUCCAGCAACAAAGACCCCGCCCCCCUCAACCACGGCUCCAAGCCCCUCCCACCAAACCCGGAGGACAAGAAGAAGAAAGACCGCUCGAUCCGAUUCAUCCUGACCGGAGGAGGCGAUAAAACCUAUAAAAAGAAGGAGCGUCCAGAGAUUUCUCUGCCGUCUGAUUUUGAACACACCAUCCAUGUCGGCUUUGACGCUGUUACCGGGGAGUUUACUGGCAUGCCGGAGCAGUGGGCCCGGCUCCUGCAGACGUCCAACAUCACCAAGCUGGAGCAGAAGAAGAAUCCUCAGGCCGUCCUCGACGUUUUAAAGUUCUACGACUCAAAAGAAACAACCAACAGCCAGAAAUACAUGAGCUUCACAGAUAAAAACACAGAUGCCUACAGCUCCUCCACCACAACGAGCUCCAAGGCCGUGUCCGAGACGCCAGCCAUAGCAACCGUAUCCGAGGACGAGGAUGAAGACGAGGCUGAGCCCCCGCCGGUGAUCGCCCCCCGACCAGAACACACCAAAUCAGAACGAUUGUAAGUGUGGGAGACCCCAAGAAGAAAUAUACACGCUUUGAGAAGAUCGGGCAGGGAGCGUCUGGGACUGUGUACACAGCUAUAGACAUCGCCACAGGACAGGAGGUUGCCAUUAAACAGAUGAACCUGCAGCAGCAGCCGAAGAAGGAGCUGAUCAUCAAUGAGAUUCUGGUGAUGAGGGAAAAUAAGAACCCAAACAUAGUCAACUACCUGGACAGUUACCUGGUGGGUGACGAGCUGUGGGUGGUGAUGGAAUACCUGGCUGGAGGUUCGUUGACGGACGUCGUCACGGAAACAUGCAUGGAUGAAGCUCAGAUAGCUGCUGUGUGCAGAGAGUGUCUGCAGGCGUUGGAGUUCCUCCAUUCGAACCAGGUCAUCCAUCGAGACAUCAAGAGCGACAACAUCCUGCUGGGCAUGGACGGCUCCGUCAAACUCACUGACUUUGGGUUCUGCGCCCAGAUCACUCCGGAGCAGAGUAAACGCAGCACCAUGGUCGGGACGCCGUACUGGAUGGCUCCAGAGGUUGUGACCCGUAAAGCCUAUGGCCCCAAAGUGGACAUCUGGUCCCUGGGCAUCAUGGCCAUAGAGAUGGUGGAGGGGGAGCCGCCGUACCUGAAUGAAAACCCACUCAGGGCGCUGUAUCUCAUAGCAACCAACGGGACGCCAGAGCUGCAGAACCCGGAGAAACUGUCGACGACGUUCAGAGACUUCCUGAACCGAUGUCUGGAGAUGGAUGUGGAGAAGAGAGGGUCGGCUAAAGAGCUGCUGCAGCAUCAGUUUCUAAAGAUGGCGAAGCCUCUCUCCAGUCUGACUCCUCUCAUUGUGGCUGCCAAGGAGGCUGCCAAGAACAACCGCUAGCUAGUUUUGCACUCAUUAUUUCGUCUGUCUCUCUCUCUCUCUGUCCUCCAUCCUUCCAUCCUCUAUCUUCUCUUUUGUUUUGGUAGUUGGGAGGGCGGCAAUGAUGGCUGCUGGCAAGGUUUUAAUGGCCUUCAAUGUGUCUAUCCCUUCUUCUUCUUGUUUUUUUUUUUAACGUGCACCGCCUGCUCCUUCGACACUCCACUGGAGUCGGACAGGAAGACGGGGAGCUGACCGAAUGACAUCAUUGGUCAAGCCGUAAUCAAGUGAUGUCAUCGCUGACAUCACCGCCCUCCUCAGCCAGUACGAACAUCCCAAUAUGAGAGGGAGAGAGUGUUUCAACAGAGCCCAAAGACUCAUGGGAGUUUGUUUUUUUAAAUCAAUGUUUGUUUGUUUGUCUUCUACCUUGUCUGUAAAAGUCCCGGACCACCCUCUGCUGCAGACUGUGUGUGUGUGUAUUAGCCUAGCUUCAGUCAGACUUAUUUCAUCAUCUUCAAUCUAAAAGUGCAUUAGUUGAUUUUUAGUUUAUCACUCCUUUAAAAUCAACUUUUCUGUGUGUGUGU